CAAGAAUCACCACUACUAAAUAAAUUAACUGGACUAGCUAAUCAACAAUCGGUAGCUUCUUCUCUCAGUCGAGCCAAGGCAACCAUGAGCAGGAGCUCGAGCUUUGCGAAGGCCAGCAGCCUCACCGUCCUCCUCCUGCUGGCUCUCGCCCUCCAGCAGCUUGAGGCAGACAUGUCAAUGUCGUGCUCCGGCAUGCUCUCCGACCUGUCUCCGUGCCUCGGGUUCCUGCAGGGCGAGGAGGACUACCCCUCGGCCGACUGCUGCGACGGCGCGUCAAGCCUCGUGGCGGCCGCGGCCACCACGGCCGACCGGCAGGAGGCGUGCGAGUGCCUCAAGUCAGCCGCGGGAGAGGGCAGCGCCGAGGCGACUGCGGCGCGGGACUUGCCGGCCGACUGCGGCCUCUCCCUGCCGUUCACCAUCUCCCCCGACGUCGACUGUUCCCAGAUUGACUGAAAUAAACCGACUACCCCGAUAUGGCGGAUCAGAUAAAGGCGAGGAGAACGUACUUUGUUCUGGAGCUAUGUUACAAUGACAAAAAUUAUCAUGUGUUGUAACCAUUCGAUCUUAUUACCCAGAAAAAAAGGAAGAAAAAACUAGAUGGACACUUGUGUCAAACGUGUGUGCCAUUGUUUAGCCUCGGUUUAUUCUAAUAUGUAAGAGUGUUGUGUCUGUGUGCUACUAUUACUGUACUUCUUUAUGAACACACCUUUAAGAUCA